AUGAAUAGUAUACUUCGAGAAUUCUUCCUGGUCAUACGUAUCACAGGGAAAGGAUCCAAUGUAUUCUCUCAAUUCAAGUGUCAGAGGCGUCGGCGUCUCGUCACACUGUCGGAGCAGUGCGUUCUUGUCCGUUCAUCUGCUCCUCUAAAGGAGGUCAAAUCGAUGAUAUCAAUAUCAUCUCCAUCGUCGGCCUCCUCAAUGUCAGUGUCAGCCACAGUUUUCGGCCUUUUAGAACUAUUAUCAUCUGCUUCCGUAACGAGCCGGGCUUGCCACGCUGGCAAAACCCACGUUUCUGAUUGCAAGCCCGCAUGUCAACUUGAUUUCGGACCACCAUCUUCCUUGUCCUCCGAUACAAACAACUUCUCGUCGCUCAAUUCAACAUAG